ACAUACACUUGUACAUGCUAGGUGGGAAAGAGCCAACCAGUCAGUUUCUUCCCCCUUCACCGCCUAAAAUUCACACAUGUUGAUACAUACACACUAGGGGGAAAGAACCAAAUAGUCAGUGUUUCCCGCAUUACUGUACAUUAAUCACACAAUCAUGUAGAUACUAGGGGGAAAGAACCAACAAGUCAGUUUCUUCCCCUUUCACCAUCUAUUAUUCACACAUACAUGCUAAGAGGGAAAGAGUCAACCAGUCAGCUGCAUCCCCAUCACUGCCUAUUACUCACACAUGUAGACACAUACACACUAGGGGGAAAGAACCAACCACUCAGAUUUUCCCCUAGUUUUGUUUUGCAUAAACAAGGGAAGAAACAACCAGUUAUGGGGGGAGCGGGGGAAGGGAGAAAAAAACUUGCUGUGUUUUUUCCCUUGUUUAUGCACAAAAACUAGAUGCAAAAACAAACCAGGGGGGAGGAAAAAAACAACCGGUUGUUUUUUCUCCCUUGUUUGUGUGCAAAAACUAGGGGAGGGGGAACUAGGGGGUAUAUCCAACUAGUUGUUUUUUUUUCUCCCUUGUUUAUGUACAAAAACUAGGGGGACAACCAACCAAGGGCGAGAAAAAACCAACCGGUUGUUUUUUCUGCCUUGUUUAUGUACAAAACUAGGGGCCCCGGGGGAAAAACUAGGAGGGAGAAAAAAAAAACAACCAGUUGUCUUUUUUUCUCCCUUGUUUAUGUACAAAAACUAGUGGGGGGAACCAUUUGGUUUUUCUCCCUUGUUAAUGCACAAAAACUAGGGUGGUGGGAGGGAACAACCGGGAGGGGGAACCAACCAGUUGAUUUUUUCCGACUGUUACACCGGAAAAAAUAUUUUUACGACUUAUAAAUUUUUACCAAAUUUCUGUCUUAAGUAUGUUCGAAUAUUGAAAAGACAUUAAAAUUGUGUCAAAUAUAUGACAAGGGAAAGGGGUGAUUUUGUUUGUAUCGUCAAGUGCCUGCCUUCAUUCGCUCGUGUGUAAGUCCUAGAUGUUUGUGAGCUUUUCUGUUGCAUUUUAAAUGAAUGGACUUAUUUAAAUAUGUAAAAAUAAUUAAAGACGUUUGCUGCACAGAUUGAAGACAUAUUGAAGUUUAGCAUUCUAAGUUAAGCAGAGGAAAAUUUGAAGAGCAGUUAAUAAACUAAGUGUUUUCCCCCAAAAUUUGUCAGACAUAAAUUAUAUGAACAAGAACAAGAACAAAGUUUAUUUUGUAAAUAAAGGCCUCCGGCCCAUAAUACAAUAUUACAAUAAAACAAAUAUAAUAAUAUGAGUUGUGCACAGAAAUGUAACUAUUCAUUAUCCUUUAGCUUCAUAAUAGCGUUAACAUAAAAAGCAAUGUAUUUAAUUCUAUCAUCAUUUGAAGAUUGCAUGAGAUUAAUAAAAUGAGGGAAUUCGUUUCCACCAGCAUACCAGGAAUAUAUAAAAAUUUGUCUUUCUUGCCUAUAUUUGUAACAUUUAAAAAAUACGUGGAAUUCAUCUUAUAUGCAUUCAAUAUCAAAAUUAAUGAAACAGUAUCUACAUAUUCGAUCUUCUCUUGGAAUUGCAAAAUGGCGACCAGUCUCGAUAGCAAAUUUAUGGCUAGAACAUCUAAAUCUUGCAAGUGAUUUUCUAACAUAAAAUGGCAAGUUCAAGCACAAAUACCUUUCGGGAUUUAAACAAGUUUUAAAAUGUUUGUAUGUAUCACAACGAGUCGAGCUAUGAAUAUUUUCAUGCCACAUUUGAUUCAUACAGUCAAUUAAUUUUUGUUUAAAGACGCAAAUAAAAUUGCUAACAUCACCGACCUCUUGACUUAGGUGAUUUUGUUUGUAUCGUCAAGUGCCUGCCUUCAUUCGCUCGUGUGUAAGUCCUAGAUGUUUGUGAGCUUUUCUGUUGCAUUUUAAAUGAAUGGACUUAUUUAAAUAUGUAAAAAUAAUUAAAGACGUUUGCUGCACAGAUUGAAGACAUAUUGAAGUUUAGCAUUCUAAGUUAAGCAGAGGAAAAUUUGAAGAGCAGUUAAUAAACUAAGUGUUUUCCCCAAAAAUUUGUCAGACAUAAAUUAUAUGAAUGAACAUUAACUUAAUAUAUAAAGUAAUAUAUUUAUCUAAUUCAAUUCAUUAUAAUCAUAUCGUGGUUAAAUACAAUACUGCAAUAAACACUACUUCCGUGUUGGAUGUACGGUAUUAGUACGGUUCAGAGAUUACGAACAACCUUAAAAUAGUCUCAGUUAUAUCCCUUAGUUGUUUAUACGCCAUUUUGCAUCACUAAAAAAUGUGAUGGAACGUGCAUUACAAAAUGAAGAAAAACUUUCUCCACUAAUAGAAGGUAUAGUCAAGUCAGUGCAGAAAGAAACUAAAUGUGAGAGAGCAAACCUGAUUCGUAAUGCAAUUGAAUUCCAUUUAAAGACUUGGCUGGAUGCGGUAGAAAAUACAAAUACUUUAUUUAAGUUAUCGGAACUGAUUCACGCAGGAAGUUAUGCUGAGGGGACUAAAAUAAUACAUCCUGAUGAGUUCGACUUUUUAGCUGUAAUAGAUGACUUGUCGCAACCAGAUUCUGUAAUUAUAGAUAACAAUGCAAGUAACUUUCAGGAAGGUUUAGUCAAAGUUGCAGUUGCAGACGACAGAUUAAAAUCAAGAUGGAACACGCUCUGUAAAAACGGGCAUCUGCAAUGUUUCCAAAGUGUCGAUUAUCCAAAAAACAAGGGCGAAUAUAGAUUCGGACAUGUUUUCAUUUCAACACUGUGGGAGAAAAUUCGAAAUGGGAAUAAGAUAGGGCUGACUGACGUAUCGCUAACCGACAUAGCGUGUAAAGUUCAAUUACAAACAGUGAACAAUAUCCCCUUAUUUUUAAAAGGAGCCGAAUAUAGUACACCUAACAUUUUCAUCGAAUUUGAACUGGAAAACAGAGAAAUAUCUGUAGAUUUAUCCCUUGCAAUAAGAUAUCAUAACAUUGAAGAUUGUUUCAAAGCAGAAGACUGUGUAGGCCCAGCUUUUGCAGAACUUGUUUUAAGUCGCAAGUCUCUGUUGCUUGUUGCGACAAGAAACAAUUUCGAUGUUAAGGUGACUGUGACUGAAGCUGAGGUUCAAUACAUGCAGUCUGUAAUGAAACAAGAGCACAAAGUCAUCUAUAUAUUCAUGAAAUAUAUUACGAAAUUAUACUGUGAUCACCUCUUCCGCCUUCCAUCGUUUACGUCAUACAUGCUGAAAACAGUUUGUAUUCACCAUGAUAUUAAGUGCAAAAAUAAAAACAGAACUGUCGCAGAAUGUCUCAAAUCUGUGAUAAAGGAACUAGAUGUGUGCACCCGACAGGAAUACGUUAUUAGUUUAGUGAAUAGGCAUAUUCGCCUUCGAUCUAAGACCUUCGUAGAAGAGAAAACAAUCAACAGAAAAUCUAUGCUUAACGGAAUGAGGAAACUCUGGCAGUUACCAGACAAAAUCAGUACCGUUAAUGAGUUUGAUGCAUUUUUGAGGCACCUGAUUCAACAAGAGAGACAGAGUAGAGAUGAGGAGAAACGCCUACUGCAGCAGGAAUGGGGUCAGUUCAACCAAAGUACAGUUUCAAAGUUUAUUGACAUGGGUUUCGAACCUGAAGCAGUUCACAAGGCUAUGAGAGCAAGUUACUACGAUCCUGAUAUGGCAGUUGAAUAUUUAAAGAAUGGUAUUCCAGAACACCUUGACGUCGAUCCCAAGGACACAGGAAUAUGGCGUGAGACUUCGUAUCGCGAGUCUUUCCUUUUAGCGCCAACAGUUUUCGAACAGACCGACAAUCCAGCACAAACCAUGCAUGAUGCAGAAUCCCGUCGGAUUUCAUCUGGUGGAUUUACACGUUUAGCAUCAACUGCUUCAGCACAGGCAACAGAUCAAGCACAGGACGAGGUGGAGAAUUCCCUCAAAACUCAAAACUCAUCUGACGGACAAAACAUGGCUUCUUGUGAAAUAUUGUACCAAAGGCAAAAAUAAUUGUAAAGAUGUGUUAACAUUAAGAACUUGGUUCAUAGGUUAGAUUUAACGCUAUCUGUUCCAGGACAGGCAGUUUACUAUGGGGAAUCUUCUGAAAUUUCGAGCUACACCUCGACGUGUGUACACAGCACGACCACUAGUAAAUCAAGAGCAAGUAAAGAUGUUUGCAAAGUUCAAUUAAUCGACAAAACUUGUCUACUUGUGAAAUACUUUACCAUCGAAGGCAAAACGUAGAGGAAAAAUGUAUCACUUGUGAAUAAUGUCUCAGGUAGCAGCAAACAACAACAACACUUUUAGUUGUUUAACCUUGUAAAGAGAUCCGGUUGUCUUUAAGAAAGUCCUUCUGUUUUAUGCCUUUUGAAUAAUCUAUUCAAAUGUAUGCAUAACUGCUUAUUUCUAUGCAACAUUCUAACGAGCCGAUCCACUUACCUCAAUAGAGAGCAGAUCUACGGAUCGCGAGAUCGCGAGUUCAGUCCACGGGUGUGGCGCAUGUACUCCGUGACGAUUUUAUUAGAAAUAUUGUGUCUGAAAUCAUUCGUCAUUCUCCUCUGAUUCAUUAAGUUGGCUGUCAUUUGCACAGAACGGAUUUGUACUGCUACAGAAUCUAACCAUUGGUUAGGUUAACUGCCUGCUGUUGAUUAAACUUAAUAACUGAAAUUAGGCCAUGGUAAUCUGUAAAUAGCCAAUCGCAAAGCAGUGUUAUACUCAUAUACUUUACGUGGAUGUGAUGCACAUAUAUUGUUUCAGGACUAUAUUUAGACUAAGCCGUGUUCCUUUUAUAGAAGAUUGACGGGUAUCAUUGCUUUCGUAAACUUUGCAAAGACAUCCAAUAAAAGAUAUACUUUACCAAAAAUAUUUCAUUCACGUACUGGCAAUAUUCGUAAUGGAUGAAGGAUGUGGGAAGGAGAGUCUAUUCAUGUGCACUAAAGUUUCAAAAAGUAUCCCGUGUCAUACAUAUUAUAGUGAGGCAACUUUGAAAAGGAGAUAUUAUGAUAAUGUUUAUGUAGUCAACGUUCAAUAAUAUUGGAGUUGAUGGAAAGAUGGAUAAGUUAAUGGAAGAUAUAGAUCUCCCUGUCGUCUUGAUUCCUAAUUGAGUUUCCGAAAGAAAUAUUUCCUAUAUUUAAGUUUGGAUGCAUUAUUGCAACCUAUAUGGUCCGAGAGCUCACGGACUUUUAUUGCAACAAUUGAGGCCAAAAGAAGUUUAUACAUUUUUGGAAACAAUAUUUCAUAUCCUCCAUGAAAACCCAUUUCUUAAGUGUCAAAGCCGUGCCUAUCUAUAUUUUGUUCACUGAUGUUUGUGAUAGGGGAGGUAAAACUCACUUGUAAAAAUAUUAGGGGGUAGGGUAAAGUUUACGUCUACCAGUUAUUUUACUGAUUAAUUACAGGAACUAUCUGAUUGUCAGUAAAUGUAUGUAUGUAUGUUCCACAAUGACAGCAAUAAGUAAUUCAUCAAAAAGGACUGAAGGACAAACUGGAUAUUCAAGGUCAAAGGUCAGAUUUAUGUAAAAAUCACAAAAUUGGCAUAUUUGAAAUUUAUUUUUAUUCUUAAAAAUUAGUUUGUUAUCAUAAGAUACUCAUCUUUAUUUAUGUAAUGUGUAUAUAUCAGCCAAAAUCAGAAAUGUAAAUUUUUUUGCAAAAAGUCAACGUAAACCCUGAUAAUUGAAGGUCAAACUUUAUUUUUAUGUAAAAAUGUGAAAAUUGUUACCUUAACUUUUUCUAAUCUGUUUAAAAUGUUUUCACAUUAAUAGUCAUUGGAGUUAAUUCGUUUUAAUGUUUGUAUGUCAGGCAAAGUCAGCAGUGCAGAUGUAACCCCAAAACUGUCAAGAGUAAAGCUAAUAUCAAGGGCCAAACGUCAAAUUUGUGUGAAAAAUCGCAUGAAUAGCUUCCAGUUUGAAAAAUAAUAGAUAUAUUUUAAUCAUUAUAAGUAAUUUCUCGUGAUUUAUUUUGAUGUAAAUAUGUCUCACAAUGUCAAUAAUAAAGAUAUCGUCUAAAAUCAGACGUAAUAUUAAGGGUCAAAGGUCAUUUUCAAGUAAAAGAAUGAAACAAUAGCUCUUUAACGUUCUCUUUAUUAACAAUAUCUUGACGAUCUAGUCAAUGAUAUCAGUUCAUUUUAAUAUAUAAAUGUUAGGCGAUGUCUGGUAUUCACAUAUAAUUUCAAAACAUUCAAAUUCAACCAUAAUAUGAAAGGUCAAAGGUCAAAAAGUGAGUAAAAUGUUGCAAUAAUAUCACCUAUUUGUAAUAAUUUUUAUUGCUUAAAAGUAUUUGUUUUGUCAUUUCAGUAACUGAUCAUUGUUCAUUUUACUGUAUAUAUGUCAG